AUGUUUUUUUCAAAAGAGCGUUAUAACGAAACAGCGUUAAAAGAGGUAGCGUUAAACGAGGUACCAUAUAAGGAUCAUCGUAUAUCCACCUUAAAAACGCAAGGAUCACCGAAACGUACCAUUCCUGGUAGUGGAAUUAACUCAAUUGAUCGACGUAAACCACCAUUUUCUAGGCAGUUAAGUAAAACUCGUGUACCGGAGCCUGCUUCCACUUUACCAACUUAUCAACCAACAACAACACCACCAGCAAGUGCAACUGGUAACACUGGUGCAACAAUUCCGACUCGUCAAUCAACUCCAAGAAUGGGAAGUCCCCCACCAGCAGAUCCUAAUAGUUUAUUGCGUCAAAAUCACGAAUUACGUCAACGUCUGCAAGAUGAAGCAUGCAAUUACCGACGUAGAAUUGAUACAUAUAAGCAAGCUCAAUCAAAUCAAGCUGCCUUAGUAAGCCGCUUGCAAGCUAAAGUAAUGCAGUAUAAACAACGUUGUAAUGAGUUAGAAGGAAAGAUGAUAGAAACUAUAAAACCUCCACCAAUUUCACCAGCAUCGACAAGCCAUUUAACAAACAAACCAGUUUCAUUGACCGGACCUUGUUCCUUACCACCAGUUACAACAUCGAUACCAUGUCAAGGAUCACUUGAUUCCCCACCACCAUGUCCUGGAGAAUAUGUUCAUCAUGAUGAUACUGAAGAUUUAUUAAGAAAUUUGGAAGAUGAAAAAAACCGUUGUGAAAGUUUAAUCGCCCAGAACACAGCUCUGAGACAACAAUUGGAGGAAUCUAAUCGUACUAAUGAAGCAUUAACAAAUGAUUUGCAAAAGCUCACUAAUGAUUGGGCUAAUUUAAGAGACGAAUUAUUAGCAAAAGAAGACGAAUUCAACCAGGAAGAACAGGCUUUCAACGAUUAUUAUAACAGUGAACAUAACCGAUUGUUGAAAAUGUGGCGUGAAGUCGUUGCAGUAAAACGUUCAUUCAAAGAAAUGCAAGCUGCUAUGAAAGCUGAGCUAGGUAGAAUGCGAGUUGAGGUUAAUGGAACCAAUCGCGAAGUAAGUGCUGCGUGCAACGGUGUUUCGUUUAAUUUAAAACAGCAAAACCGUUUGAGCGAACAACAUCAAAACCAAUUAGAACGUGAUUCAAAUGAACUAAAGAAUCAAAUUGCACUUUUGAAAGGUCAAUAUGAAAACGCUCGUCAUGAAAUUAAUCAACGUGAUUUGCGUCUUCAAGAAUUAAUGACACAAAUUAAACUUCUUGAAGAUCGAUGUGGUGUGGCAGAAGGCCAAGCUAUUCAAACAACACGUUUAAAUGACGAAAUCGAACGUUUGAACUGUGCUUUACGUGAUAUAGCUCAUGCAGUUGUGCAAGAUGCUGAAACAUCGGCAGAAACAACAAAUGACGACACACCUACUGCUCAGCAACAUUUGCAUUUAUCACAGGCUGGCGUUAUGGGUGCACCAAAAUCACCAAGGCGUGGAUCAACAAGGUCGCUGCAGGCGUUUGCAGAAGGAACAAUUUCCGCCGUUCAAGCAGCAUUACAUAAAUACCAGUUGUCAUUACAUGAUUUACAAGUUAAAUGGCAAUCUACAAAUGAAAAUCUUUUAACUACGAGGAAGCAAUUAGAAUCUGCAGAAAAUGCUAAAGAGUUUUUGACAGCAAAAGUUUCUCAGCUAACUGAAAAACUGGACUCAAGCAAUGCCCAACUUUCCGAACUGUAUAAGGAAAGGGAGAGCCUUCAAAGAACUUUGGAUAGUUUAAGAGCGGAAAAACAAAACGUUGAAAGAGGAAGAGCAGAAUUAAAUGCUGUGGUUGAUAACUUAAGUUGUGAUUACGAGAAACUUCAACUGAGUCAUGGAAAAUUACAAAAACAUAUUGAUAUGCUAGAAGAAGACAAGAAAGCUUUGGAGCUGGAAAUACAAAGAAUACUGAAAGAUAAAGAUAUAGCCGAUAUGAACUUACGCGCUGAAGAAGACCGCAAUAGCCGCUUGCGCGAAGAAACUAUAUCUCUGAGAGAGGAAUUAAAUAAACUCUACCUAAACAGAGACUUAUUAGAGCAACAACGUUUAGAGUCAGAAAAUCUAAUAAAUCUUUUAGAAAAGCAGAAAGCUGACUUAGAAUUUGAUGUUGAUAAACUUUUAAUGGAAAAAUCUGAAUUACAAAAUCGUUUGGACAAAAUGUCAUGUUGCAAUGACUCUGCAAAUGAUGAAUUAAAACAAUUGAAAGACAAUUUAUCUGAAGUGGAAUGUGAACGCAAUAAAUUAAGAUGCCAAACAAAUGAUCAAGCAACAGAUAUUGCAUCGUUGAAAAAAGAACUUAUUUCAGCUGAACAAACACGAUUAGAUUUAGAAUCUGAAAAAUUGGCGUUAACUGAAAAAAUUAAAAUUAUCGAAAUUGAAAAGGAAAAGGUCGAACAAGAAUUAGCUUGCGUCACCCGCGACCGUGGAGACUUACAUAAUCAGCUAACCGCCUUAAAUCGCAAAAAAGAAUCUAUUUCUGAAGAACUAAUGAGAACACGUCAACGUCUGGAACAAGCAAAUGAGUGUAAUAAUCGUUUAAAUAGAAAUUUAGAAGAAUUAGUUAAAGAAAAUGAGGAGAGACAAAUUAUAAUUGAGGGUCAUGAGAAGGAAAUGCAGAGGCUUCAGGAACUUCUCGCUUCAUUAAGAAGUGAAAAAGAAUCACUUGAAGCUGUGCUAUUCGAUACCAAUACAACAUUGGAAGCAACUGAAGAAAAACGUUCACAACUGGAACGUGAUGUUCAGGAUCUUUUAAUAAAAGAAGAAGGAUUAAAAAAUCAAGUGGCACGAUUACAAAAAGAACUUGAUUCCGCUAAUCGGCGGGCCCAAGAAAUGAAAGUUCAACUUACAAAUGCAGCUCGCGCUCAGGAAAAUGAUUUCUUACAGAAAAUAGCAAAUCUUAAAGCUCUCAAUGAUGAAAAUUCAAGAAAAUUGAAUGAAGAAAAAGAGAUAAUUCGUUCAUCAUUAGAAAAACGUAUGCAACAAAGUUUACAAGCCCUACAAGGUGCCAAGGACGAAGAAAUCGAUAAAUUACAAGAAAGAAUAGAAGGACUUCAAAAUCAUUUAGAAACCAUGGCGCAACAACAUGAAGAUUCUAUGAUUAGAGCUGAAAAUGAAAAACAGCAAGCUCUCUUGAUAGCUGCCAGAGACAAACAAGCUCUAGCUGAAAAAUUGGAAGGAGUUACUAGAGAACUUAAAAAUGAACAAGAUAUUUUAGAACGAUGUCGCCGCGACGGUGCUGCUAGGGAUGAAAAAGGUCGAAAUUUAGUUUUACAAUUAAAAGAUGAAAUAGCUCUUAUAAGAGCCAAAGGGGAAGAAACCAAAGGUCAUCUCGAGGAAGAGGUGAGCAAAUACGAAAUUCAACUUUCUUCAAUGAAGGAAGAACGUGACGGAGCCUGUCGUCAAAUUGAUGAAUUAAAAAUGGAAAUCCGUCUUAAAGAAGAUAAAAUCGAAAGUUUAAAUCAACAGCUUCAAGAUACAAUUAGAAAACUACGAGAAGCCGAGAACAGUUUAGACGGUGUUCGUAGGGACUUAAUGGAUACACGUCGUACUUUAGCUGAUAGUAAUAUUGAACGUGACAAGUAUGCAGCCAGUAACAGAGAACUUCGGGAUCAUGUUAAGCAAGUUGAAGCAUCAAAGCGUGAGCAAGCUAGAACUCUUGAAGAGGCAUUACAAAAAAUUUCUAGUCUGGAAGAUACUCGUAAUAGCCUUGAAAACGAAAAAACUCGUCUGCAAACACUUCUAAAAGAGACUGACCAUAACUUAAAUAAAACAACUCAAGAUUUGAAUUGUUGUAAAAAUCAUCUCCAUAAGCUGCAAAUGGAUAACACUCAAAAAGAUGUUGUAGAAAAAGAACUCCAGAGUAGACUAUGUAACGAAACUGAAGAACGUGAACGUAUAGCAUGUGAACUUAAUCAAGCCAAAAAACAGUUAGCUGAUUUGGAUGCUAAUUUGUGUGCAACUCGUCAAGAGCUUGCUAGAGCUAGAUGUCAAACUAACCAAGACGAACAUAGAUGGCAUCAAACACAACAAGAACUUACUACUCGCAUAGAAGAAGGACGCGGACGCGAAAAACGUUUAGAAGAUCAGAAACAUAAUUUAGAGGUAUGUUUAGCUGAUGCUACUCAACAAAUUCAAGAAUUAAAAGCACGUUUAGGUGGCGCUGAAGGCAGGGUGCGAGCUUUAGAUGAACAAUUAGCUGCAACGGAAGCUUAUAAAAAAGAUGCAGAAAACAAAUUGAACUCUAUCGGCCACACUUUGCGACGUAUAGCUGGUAUUCAAUUCGAUGGUUCUGUAAAUCUAUCAUAUCGUUUAACUAGCCCUUCAAGACGUUAUAGCCCUGUAAGAAGCACUUGUCCACAUGACUACGAUAAUCGAAGUGUUUCAGGAUGUCCAGAUGGGCCACCAAUAGAUGUUGAUCCAGAAAUGAUACGUAAGGGUGUACGAUCGUUAAUGCAUCAAAUAGCACAAAUCGAACGUGAAAAGGACGAUUUCAAAAUGCAGUUAUGCACUGCCAAGAAACAAUUGCAAGAAGCUUGUGAACAACAAAUACGCUGUGAUAACAAAACGUCGAAAUUACAACAGAUGCUAAGAAAUCUUCAAGACGAGAAAGCUAAUUUAGAAGCACAAUUAAAUAUGACUAAAUCGUCAUUACAUUCAACCGAAGAAGCUCUUAAGGAAAAAACAGAGGAAGCAGCUCAACUACGUGAAAAGGCUACUAGCUUAGAAAUGCAGUUAGCCACCUCUGGCGAAGAAAAAUCUCAAGUUGAAGACCGUCUAGAAAAAUGUCGCCAAAAUGGUCAAAAAUUAGAAUCAGAAAAACGGCAACUUCAAGAAGAACUAGCGCGAACUGAAGGUAGAGCAUCUAAAUUAGAUUUACAGCGAGUUGCAUUGGAAGGAGAUAUAACGCGUUUGCAAAUGGCUCUUCAAGAGAAGGAUUGCACUAUAAGAGGGCUUCAGGAACGUUUAGAUACACUUACUAGAACCAGUGCUCAACUGGAGGACCGUUGUACAUCAUUAAAAACAACAUUAGAUCAACUUAAAGACCGAUUACAAAAAGCAGCUUUAGUUGAAACUGAGCUCCGUGGCGAAAUUGCAGGUUUAAACAAAGAAAAAGCUGAACAAGGGCAUUGUGUACAAGCUGGACAAGAUAAAAUGAAGCAAUUGCAGAAAAAUUUGCAGGCCAUCGAAAAUGAAAAAAAAAUACUUGCAGAACGACUAGACGCCGCCCAAAAUAAUCAAAAUGAGCUAAGGCGCAAUCAACAAGCUCAACAAGACUUAGCUCAGCGACUCCAACAACAGGUUGCUGAUCUAGAAGUACAAAAGUCAUCUUUAGAAUCUCAAUUAAGAAUCGCGAAAUGGAAUCAAGAAAAUGCAGAUACUGGUGGGCAAGGCGGUAAUGAUGGUGAUUUAUCGCGUCAACUGCUAGCUGCCCAAAGAGAAAAAUCUGAAUUAAAAUCAAAGCUUGAAGCACUUAAAGAAAAAGUUAAGGAUAUGGAAGAUAGACCUAGUAAAUUCUCUGGAAAUGUAAAAUUCGAUCGUUCAGAGAAAGGAGUAUAUGGUUUAGAUGGUUCAAUGGAUUCUAAUCGUUUAGAAACCGAAAGCUACUUACGACAAGGAAAUUAUAAUUGUGGUUUGGAUCAUGCAUUAAUUGAACAGGAAAACAGAGAUUUGAGAAUGAAAGUUCGUCGCCUAGAAACACAAUUAGCUGAAAAAGAGGCGGAGUUAGCGCGAGUGAAAGCUCGUGCGAUAGAAAACUCAAAAAGUUUGGGUGGUGAAUCAGAUCGCUAUAGAAGUGCUCAAAUGCAAGCAGAAAAAUUAUUAGAUGCAAGAGAACAAGCUCAUAAACAACAAGUUUUAAGACUAGAAAACCAGAUUUCAAUGCUUCGCGAGCAACUUGCUCAGGAAAAUAAACGACGUCAACAGUACAUAUUACGCAGCUCUAGAGCUAAUAGGGAAAUGGCGCAUUUACGGCAUGCUUUAGGAGAUUCGCUUAGACAUGUUUCGCAAGAUCCUCUAGAUCCAGCUUUAUUAGAAAAUGAAACAAGAAGGUUGGAUUGCGCAGUUUCAAUGAGUUUACCACCAUCAUCUUGUCACGAUUACGAUCAUUGUACAAGCCCAAGAAAAUAA